UACCGAAUUGUCAGUAGCCAAAUGGAGAAGGGUCACACAACCGUGUUUUAUGUGAAAUAAUUAACAAGUAAACAUAAUAAAAUGCAGCGGGACGAAAAGCUAUUCGAGAUGACGCUGGAUACCGUCCUCCAGCGCUUAAACGACCUCAAGCUGGCGGUGCUCUCCAUGAUUCAAAAACUGGAGAUGGAAUACGAGACAAUCAACUGGCCAACGUUCCUGGACAACUUCGCUAUUAUUUCCAGUCAUCUUACCGGACUGACCAAAAUCCUGGCGAAGGAACAGUGUCCACCGCUUCGAAAUCGCACCGUCCUGCCUCUGCUAGUCUCAAUGGAACGGGACGAUACGCUCAUCAAUAUCACAGAGGGUCGAGUGCCGGUCUUCUCACACGACAUUGUUCCGGACUAUCUGCGGACCCGGCCGGAUCCGAUCACAGAGCAGAAGAUGCAGCAGAACGAGCAGAAGGCGGCCAACCUCACCAAUGAUGCGGCAAUGAAACAGGUCACGCAGUACAACAAAGUUGUGUCGCACGUCCUAGACAUGGUGAGCAAGGCCCGCGAAGAGUGGGAGAUCGAAAGCUCCUCGCGCACUGGAAUCCAACAGACGAGCAGCAUGGCGGACACACAGCUGCUCGUAGCCGCCGUGGGCAUGGGUAAGGGCCUGAAGCUCACCAACUAUGGACCUGGACCUGGCAUGAUGGUCCCACCCUCGAUCCGUGCACCCUCGCCAAUGGGCGGACCCGCCAUGAGUCCGGGUAAUGUGCAGCAACAGCUGGGCAAGGCGCCGUCGGCGGUAAAGACCAACAUCAAGGCGGCAAAUCAGGUGCACCCGUUCUCUCGAUAGCAAAAUCCUUAGUUUAUUGUUGCGCUUUGCACUGCAGAGUAAUUAUUCUUUCCAUCUGGCGGAAUGUAUGGUCAUAAUAAAUAUAUGUACUU